AACCCUAAGUUCUUUCCAAUGGCGCUAGCGAUGGCGAGGAUUGCUCACGGCGGCGCAGCUGCGAUUGUGCUGGCUGCGAAUCGACCGGGCAUGAUAGGUCUGCUGCGAAUGCGCGGAUUGGGAUCGAGCAGCUGCCUGGGUGGCGGCAGCAGCAGGGGAUUUUUGCGCUCGGCACUUCAAAAGCCCCGAUCGCGGGACAGGGCGGGCGAGGCGGCGUGGCGGAGGUUUUGCGUCAGAGCGGCGGAUGUCUCCGGCCCCGGAUCUGUAGAUUCCUUGAUCGCUGGGAUGCAAUCCAAGAUUCAAGAGCAGCUAAACGCACAAGAGGUGACCGUCAAGGACGCGUAUGGAGAUGGGCGACAUGUCAGCAUCGAGGUUGUGGCCGAAGUUUUCGAGGGCCAAUCCCAAGUAAACAGGCAAAGAAUGGUAUACAAGGCCAUCUGGGAAGAGCUCCAGAACGCCGUUCACGCCGUGGACCAGCUCAAGACCAAAACUCCAGCCGAGGCCAAGAGCUAGAACUUAAAAAACAAAAACCCUAAAAACCAAAGCUUUAGGGGUUUAUUAAAAAGACCUAAAAACAGAGUUUUAGGGUUUAUGGGGUCACAGCACGACGCGCCAGAGGAUGGAAUUCGUGGCCUCACGCUCCUCAAGCAAGGCGCCGAAGCGCGCGUGUUUGAGACCACAUUUAUGGGGCGGAGAGCUGUCGUCAAGGAGAGGUUCUGCAAGAAGUACAGGCAUCCAUCGCUGGACACCAAGCUCUCGCAGAAGCGUCUCUACGGGGAAGCCAGAUGCAUGACAAAGGCGAGGAAGCUGGGCGUGCGGACGCCGGCAUUAUUUGCGGUGGAUGCCGUGACGCGCUCCAUAACUUUCGAGUUUGUGACUGGCUCUUCAGUCAAAGAUAUACUUUUACAAUCCGGCUUUCCCACUCCUGGUGGCGAGCUGGAGAGAAUUGCUGCACAGAUUGGUGUCUCCAUUGCGCGAAUCCACGACGGCGGAUUGAUACACGGUGAUCUUACCACGUCCAACAUGUUGAUACAUUCGGGAGAACUGGUGAUGAUUGAUUUCGGCCUGAGUUAUACGUCGACGUUCCCAGAGGAUAAAGCCGUGGAUUUGUACGUGUUGGAGCGGGCCUUUCUUUCGUUGCACUCCACCAACGGGGACAUGAUGGGGCUCGUCCUUGCUGCAUAUAAGAAGGCCUCAAGGUUUUGGAGCAGCACUUUAAACAAACUAGCACAAGUGCAAAUGAGGGGACGAAAGCGCGCAAUGCUUGGAUGAUGAAUCCAACUUGGCUUGACAAAAUCACAGCGUCACGGGCAAAGUCAUCCAUAUGCAGCUCUUAAUCUAACUAACAGCAGGACUGUGCUAUCAUUUCCCACGGAAUUUAAAUGAAAAAGAGCAAAAGAAGAGAAAGGCUCAUGACUUUGCAAUUCAA